CAUGCCUUGGAGUCCUCUAUUCUAAUAGAUCAAACCCAGCAGUACCCUUCGACGUGCUUUCUCGCAGAAGCCUGCUCACGUCCGGAUGUAGUAUUCUAGCUCCCGGAAGUGACGCAAAAGAAAUGGAGUUGGGGCGGAAGUGGUGUCACUCCACGACUCCAGGAGCUCUAGGUGAGCUUUUGGUUCUCUAUCAAAAGAGCCGCGCUGGGGAAAAACUGAAAUUUAGCGCUACCUGAAUUCUCCGUCGAAUGGUACCCGUAGAGUGGACAUGACGGGGAAGAAGUCCUCGCGGGAGAAGCGGCGAAAACGCGGCCGGUCGGAAACCGCGACGUCCACGGCCCCGACACCUGCGAGCAGAGAGCGACGGAAGCGGAGAAGCAUGGACUCAACGAGUCUCCCUCUUUCCCAACCACAGGAAAUGAAAUGUCCAUUGCCAUCUGUGGAAAGAGAGAAAGAGAAAGAAAUAGAGGAACCUAGUGAUAUUGAAGAAGGUGGAUUAGACCUCACUGUAUCACUAAAACCAGUUAGCUUCUACAUAGCAGACAAGAAAGAAAUGCUUCAGCAGUGUUUCUAUGUCAUAGGAGAGAAGAAAUUGCAGAAGAUGCUUCCUGAUGUCUUAAAGAAUUGUUCAAUAGAUGAAAUUAAAAAACUCUGCCAGGAACAGUUAGAACUUCUAUCAGAAAAAAAACUCUUGAAGAUUCUUGAAGGUGAGAAUGGGAUCGACUCUGAUACGGAAGAAGAGGCAGAUGAUGGCUCUAAGAUGGGAUCAGAAUCAGUCAGUCAGUAUUCCUGCAGUCCCUGUGGCCAGGAUAUUUUUUUCUCCGAGGCUUUACCUGGACUUCUUGUGGGGUCGGUAUCCUCUCCGGGUUUUAGCCCCUGGGCGUCUCUCAAACCAAGACAAGACAACAGUGUAGAUUCUACCUCUUCACUGAGGGAGAACAAGCAGUCUGAAGGUUUAGAAUUAAAACAAGGCAAAGGUGAAGAUAGUGAUGUUCUCAGUAUUAAUGCUGAUGCAUAUGACAGUGACAUAGAAGGACCAUGCAAUGAAGAAGGAACUGUGCCAGAUAUACCAGAAAAUGUUAAAAGUGAAGCUGGUCAAAUAGAUGAUCUCCAGAAGGACAUUGAAAAAAGUGUGAAUGAAAUACUGGGAUUGGCAGAAUGCAACCCGAAGGAGUCUAAAGCAGCAGCACUGACUGUUCCUCCCUCAGAAGAUGUUCAGCCGUCAGCACAGCAGCUGGAACUCUUGGAACUUGAAAUGAGGGCCAGGGCAAUUAAAGCCUUGAUGAAAGCUGGUGAUGUUAAAAAAAUAGCUUAAGGUUAUUUCAUUUUAUUAAGCUUUUGUAUUUCCUUGAAGGGAAUAAUGUCAGUUUAUUUUAGUUGUAAAAUUAUUUGUAUUUUAUGUGACAUUCCUCAUUCAAUCCAAUUUUGUGAAGUCUGAUCUUUGGCCCAAAAUGCUUAUGGUUCUACUAUGAGAUUUUUAUUUUUUAUUUGUGACUUAUAAAGCUGGAUUUUUUUUUUUUUUUUUUUUGAUACUUUGCUAGGUCAGUAUUUAUUUGAGCCUAGUUAUUUCUUGGCUUCUAUUAACAAAAGGUCCCAGAUUACAUACAUUUAAAUCUAAAAUAUGGAGUAAUGCUUUACAAAAAUAAAAGCCAAGUAGGUUGCCUUUAAAUUUGCUUGUACUUUUUCAGUAAAAAGUGAAAUUGUUUUCCUUUGAACUUCGUCAUAAUUAAAAAAAAAUUCAGUUUUGUAUAUGCACUUUUAAGAAUAUAGUGUCUUGAAGAUGCCUUUUAUUGCUUCUUGAAAUAUUCUAGUGGUGUUGGCAGGCUUACUUUUCAUCGGGUCCAAGACCUUAAGAAUAUGUAUCUAUUGGUUAAAGUUGAAGAACUUUAUAUUUUGGACAAUUAAAUGCAUACUAAGAGAUCUCCAGUGGCUGAGGAGGAGCAUUUUUACAUAGCAACAUAAAUCAUUUUCCAACAAACAAACCACUUUAAAAGGUGGACACUCAAGAAGUAAAAGAAAAUACUGUUCCAAAUUUAAUCUGGGAGGUUUUUUUUUGAAGCUCUGAUAUGAUGACUCAUUCAAUUUAAAAAAAAGGACUGCUGUUCUGGAGAUGACUUUUUGAUACUUUGCCAAUAAUAAAGUUGUUUCAUAUCAGUGUGGAGCACUUUAAUCACCUAAUAAUGUAAUAAUUGUCCUCUAGUUUUAUAGCAUGUAUAAGAAAAUUAACACCUUACAUUUUAUUUUGAGGAUAUUUAUUUUUCUUUAGCAAUACUUUAAAAUUUUAAUACCAAGUCUAAUUUGGGAGACGCAGCUUAAACUAAAUCCAUUUUUACUGGAGUAGACAUAAUACCUUAAUUUUUAUACUUGACUAUAAAUAUGGUAUUCAUGAAAAAUUUUCUAAUAGCAGAAAACAUAUGGAGCCACAUUUUUAUUAUGUAGCUUAUUUAUUGUAUAUUGGUAUUGAGUUGAUUUCCUAUGGAAAUAGUUGACACUUAGGAAAUAUUUACAUUAUACAUAUUCUUUAUUUUUUUGGUUCCUCAAUAACAAUUUUUUAAAAUCCCCGACUGAUUCUAAACAGUUAUUUUUAGAUUGGCUAGUAUGGAUAUUAAUUUGAAUAAUAAGAUUGCCAUUGUUAUUGCUUUAAGGUGAAAUAACAUUGAUUAUGUUGAUGUAAUCUUUUUUCUUCACUUUGUAAAACCAGAUUAAGUUAAAUACUAAGGUAAUAAUAGUUUGUGCAAAAUGAACUUUUUAAAAAAUCUUAUCAAGUUAUUAACUGAGGAAAAUGAUAGUAAAUUAAUAUUACUACAGCAAGAGCUAUGGCAGUUUGAGUGAUUCAUGGAUGACAAAAAUGACCACUUUUAAGGAUCAUAAUUUUAAAUUUAUAAUAUGUUAUUUACUGUGAUUGGAGGACAUUGGAGUGGGUAAAUAUGAAGUAGAAUGAAAUGAAUAAAUGAGAAGUAGGCAGAAUUAUGUCUAAGACAAAUAGAUUCUCUAGUGAACAGAAAAAAAAGCUUACUUUAGAAAUAUUUUAAGUAAUAGAGAAAGUUCAGUAGAGAUCUCUGGUGCCAUAGAAAAUCAAUUGAUGAUUUAAUAUUGAGCACCCGAUAUGUACCCAUCUUUGUAAAGAAAUUUAAACAUAGGCAUAUUACAAUAAACAUUUAACAUGGCAUAUGUAGACAAAUAACAGGAGUUCUUAUUCCUUAAAGAUUAAGAAAAACCCACUUAUGUGAAAAGUUUCAAUGUAUCUCCCCCUUUUUUUUAAUAGAUGACUUUAUAUAUUAAGUCCUUUGUAUUCAUUAACUCAUAAUGAUCCUUAACAAAAACUCAGGGGGUCAGCUAGGUGGCAAAAUAGAUAGAGGAUUGGCCCAGAAGUCAGAAUCUGAGUUCAAAUGUGGUUUCAGACUCUUAACACCUACCUCAUGCAAAAAUAAUAAUAAUAAUAAUAACUAAGUAGUUGUUUGUUUUUGGUCUGGAUAUGUGAUUUUAUCAAUAAGAGAACCUUUAGUAUAAAAUCAUCUCCUUUGAUGCAGAUCAGUAACUUUUCUCUAACAAGGUCUUGUAGUGCUUGGUGCACUAAUGAGCUAAUUGGUUAUCAAUAUCUUCUUGACUACAAGACCAAACCUCUUUCCACCCUUAAAAGUUAGUAGUUCAAAUAGUUUUGUCAUCUUUUUAUGAAAAUUGAAAUGGCCCUAGAGAAGUUGUGAAUUGUCCAAAAACAUAGAGGUAUUACAAAAUAUCAGAGCUGGGCUUCAAACCCAAGUAUUCUAAUUCCACUGUAUGCUUUCUUUCUUAAGCUGAGUUGAUUUGCUGUCUGUAGGGUAAUUGUCCAGGCAAAUUAAUUAGCAGUUAAACAAACAAAUUACUCCCAAAUUUAUUCAUACUAAUUUAUUUUAGUAGUUUGAUCAAACUUUCAUUUGACUUAAUAACUAAACAUUUUAAAAUUACAUCUCUUUUUUUUAUUAAUAACUUAACAAACUUUAACAUUUUAAUUAAAAGAACAUUUUAUAUGAAACUUAGCUUAUGGGUUAGUAUGGAAAUAACAUAGUGUGACAGAUAAAGAAUCAGUCUCUCUGAGCCACUGAGCUUAGUUCAUCUCCUCCCUCUGCAUUACUAGUUUGGUGACUCCUUGACAAAUCACUUAACUUUUCAGUGUUCUUAAGAAAAUCAUAAGAACUGUAGGUUACUGAUAAUAUGCUGAAAUGCAUUUCUAGAGAGAGCAUCCUCAUGCAGAUCAGUUUUGUAUAUCAAUAAAAUCACAGUUUCAGCCCUUAUCUAUUUAAUAUUAUAGUAGCAAAAAUGGUCUGCCAGCUAUUAAUUGUUGAUGGGCUAUAUGCGCCAAUAAAAUAUCUCAGGUAGCAGAUCUUAGUGUCCUUCAGAACUUCCCAUCCACUCACUCUGAAAAUAGCACAAACGGUCCUAAAAUCUUCUUGAAAAGUAUAACCCCAGAACCCUUAACAUUGAAAUAAUAAGCUUCCUCCCCCCAUUUAUCAUAAGAACUUACUUUUCAUAACUGAUUUUGUUUUUGUUUGUUUUUUUAUUUUUAAAUAAAAUUUGGGCUGAGCAUUUUCAUUCCUAUCACAGAUUAUAGGCAGGACAGAAACUGAGGCAAGAAAUUCUAAGGUCAAAUAAUUUUUGAAUUGCUUUGGUAAUAAAGCUGACUCAUUUAUUAAUGUCUGGUUAGAAUCAAUAAUGCAAGGUACUUAGAAAUGAUUGCCUAAUAAUUUUGAAAAUUCUUAUUUCUGUUUCACCAUGAAAAAUGAACUUAGAUAUUUUAAUUUGAGAUUUUAUUUUAUAAAAGUAUUGAUCAAGAGACUUGAACUAUUGAGCUAUUAAAUAAGUGUGAUUGUUUUAUAAA